CAGCCUGCUCCCCUCACAUCAUUUUAACAGCAAGGGAUAGCAGCUUAUAAGCAAAGGGAGAGGGAGAAGAGUGCUGAGGAGAACAGAAAGAAGGGGGAAGGAAGGGCAGUGGUAGAAAACAUUCCUCAGGUCAGGAUUGGAGGAGAGAAUUAUUCAGUCAUGAGGCUGUUUUGCCUGAUGCUGAUGCUGAUGCUAGCCACGGCCAACGCUGCUACUCAUCUGGGCUCCUCAAGUAGACAAGAGAACCCCACUUUGCCAACAGAGGCCUUCAUCACAGCACCGAGCCCCACUGAGGCAAGGUCUCGCUUUGCCAUGCUGGAUGAUGUUCGCCUACUGGCCAACGGGCUUCUCCAACUUGGCCAGAGUUUACGCGAGUUCGUCCACAAGACCAAAGCCCAGAUCAACGACAUCUUUCAAAAGCUGAACAUUUUCGACCGCUCCUUUUACCAGCUGUCAGUGGUCACAUCCGAAAUCAAGGAAGAAGAGGAGGAGCUCAAGAAGACCACAAAUAUCCUGAAGGCGAACAACGAGGAGAUCAAAAACUUGUCACUGGAGAUUAACUCGAAGAUUAACAACAUCCUGCAGGAGCGUACGCAACUGCAGAGCCAAGUGGGGAGCCUGGAGGAGCGGCUGAAGGGAUUGUCACAGAGCAUUAUCCCUGCUGACCAGCUUAGUGAGAUCACAACUCUUAAGGAAGUAAUUGACGCACAAGAGAAAACAAUUACCAAUCUCCUGAACGCUGUGAAAGAGCAGCAUGAUCAACUGGACCAUCAGAAAACCAAGAUUAAAAACCUGGAGGAAAAGCUCAGCGAUGACGGUUUUCAGGACACCAUUGAAAAGUCGAUGGAAUCGCACCAAACGGACGGUGAUGCGUUUGAAUAUCUGACAGGAAACUCAACUGGAGUAGAAACAAGUGACCUCCCUGUGGACUGCUGGGAGCUGUUUAACAAAGGAGAGGCAAACAGUGGAGUCUAUGUUAUCAAACCAAACCAAUCAGAGCCAUUCUACACUUACUGCGAAAUGUCCCCAGAUGGAGGCUCAACUGUCAUCCAGCGCAGAGGUGACAGUUCAGCAGAUUUUGAUCAAACAUGGGAAAAGUAUGAAAAAGGAUUUGGAGAUCUGGAAACGGACUUCUGGCUGGGCCUAAAGAAGAUCCACAGUCUUACGCAACAGGGACAUUACAUUUUCCGUAUCGAUUUGGAAGACUGGAAAGAGGAAACGCACUGGGCGGAGUACAGAUUUUCAGUGGACGGUCCCUCAAACAAUUACACCCUUCGUGCCAGUUACAUGUCGGGAGACUUGCCUGAUACGAUGACCAACCUCACGGGCAUUAGGUUCUCCACAAAAGACCGGUUUAAUGACAACCAACGCAACUCCAGCUGUGGUCGCAACUACACAGGUGGCUGGUGGUUCAACGCCUGUUGCGAAAGCAACCUAAAUGGACGGUACUUGUGGCAGAGAGCAAAGGGACGUUCGAUGAGGAGGAAAGCCAUUCAGUGGAAGCCUGGCACGGGGUCGUCCUAUUCCCUCAAAACCACCAAAAUCAUCUUACGACCUGCCCCCAGUGGAAAUAGGCCCAACUGAACACCACAGCACUCACAUUCGUCCACAGUAUUACUAGGAAGACAUAGGAAGCAUUCCAGUAUUAGAACUCAUUACUUAAUGUGAAGAACAGAAGUCGUGUAGAAAGGGGUAGUGACUGAUACUAAAUUCUUAUUUCAUCUGCAGCAUGAAGCUGAUUCAUUCAUAACAUUUUGCCAGAUGGUCGGUCAGACAUGUCAGAAUAAAAGGCUUGUCGAACUGUUGCAGUGAUGCAACCAUGACAUGUAGGUUAUUAACCUAUAUGGUCUGAUCCAGCAAGGACAGUAGGAUUGUUAUUAUGCAACAUCCAAUCGAAAAAGGGCACAUUGAUCCACACCAACUACAUGAUUCCAUGCUUGCAGCAAAAUACCUCAGUGUUGCAGUAGGAUAGAAAGCUAUAGGAAGAUCACAACCAUAAAAACUGAUAUUGUGUAAGUGUAUUUGUAAGUGAGAUGUAAUGCAUUUAAGAGUUUCUAUAUUCACUAAGUUAUUUAAAGCAUAUUUUACCAUUCCCUCAUUCCAAGGGGAGAAAAAAAUAAAAAAAAAAACAAUCUAGAAGUACAUACAGCAGCUUUAGCCAAUUUGUGUACAAAAUACUGGUGAUACAAAGCUUUGCUUUAGCACUGCACUGAUGAAGUCUCUCCUUUUUUUUAUUCUGUUUUUUUAUUCUGUUAAACGAUGAUUUGUUCUGUUAUUGUCCGGCAACAUGUCAAUGUAUUCCCUAUGUUAUUGAGUCAUAUUGACUCUGUCAAUGUCCUUACUACAACACACCUGUACUGUAAAUAUUCCUUAUAACAGUCACCCGAGAAGAAGCUUUGUAUGCAAAAAUAUUUAUGAAGUAAAUAAUAAAUCAAUGAGUCAAAAUAAUCAA